AUGAUGAGCUCGCACUUGGUGUUUCCCAGGGUGGACCUCUGCACAGUGCCCAGUGGAGCUCCUCCUGCUGGACAGACGAGCAACUUCAAAGACCCGCCAACAUUGGCGCCACUCGUCAUCUCCAUUGCCACGAUAACCAUUGUGUGGGCUUGCAUCUUUGUUAUUGUGAGAUUAUGGGCGAACAUAAAGAGAUUGACAUGGAGUGAUGGUUCUCUGCUGGCUCACAGGUUCUUACAUGCAGGUACGGAAAUGCAAUUGUCUUGCUAUUUUCAGAAGACACAUAGUGCUCAAGCUUGGCUCAGAAUGACAGGUUCACUGACAAUUAAAAUCAUUUUAUCUACCAUUGGGCUCUGUCUAGCAAAGGCCGCGACCCUGCUGUUGUUCUACGAGCUCUUCCAAAUCUCCAAAGCCAUGCGCGUGGCGAUCCAAAUCGGCCUUACCCUGAAUUUUAUCUUGUACGCCACGCUGCUAGUCACCUCCUCCUAUUAUAUGGUGCCCAGGAACGGGCAAACGUGGGACGAUGUGGUGCAGAAGCAGACAUCCUUUUCCGGGCCCCAUGCGACAACAGAGUGUACCGUGGCCAUAGCCGCCUUGGGAGUACUGCUGGACAUGUACAUCUUCAUUUUGCCGUUGCCGGUGAUCUCACGGCUGCAUAUGUCUUCAGGGCGCCGGAUUCAAGUCAUGCUUGUUUUCUUUACGGCUCUCUUCGGUGUCGUAGCAGGCGUGGUGUCCCUGGUCUACAGGAUAAAAAUAAUCAUUGCCAGCGACGAAACGUGGUACAUAGGUGUUACCAUGCUCUGUGUACAAGUUGAACAAAACGUGGCCAUCAUCGUUUCGUCAGCACCAGGAUUUGCCGCUUUCGCGCGCACGCAUAUCGCAGGAUCGAGGCUGGUCACAUAUCUGCACUCUAUAUUGAGCAAUCUUACGGGUAACGUGUCCCAUGGCACGAGCCGACGCUUGGUCGAUGCCCGUGGCGACUCGACUUCAUGGCGGUCGGGCAGUGAAAACCAGCACGGUCGCAAGAAUAGCGAGAAUUCAGAGGACAGCGAGAUGAAAGGGGCAUGGCUGAUGACCAGCCAGAAAACUUGGGUGAUGGUGAAGAGGUUUCAACAUUAA